AGUGCCUGUGUGCCUUGUUUUCAUGUCAGUCGAUGUCGCUGUCUCGCUUUGGGUCUGAGACCUUUGCGCUGGUAAAUCCAGGAACCGACAAUGGCAUUACGCGAUUGAUGGAUGAGCAAUGCGAACCGUCAAAGCCCGACCCUAUUUUCUCGUGGCGAUGGCCACCACGGCCUUGACAUGCAGACAAGUGAUAGGCUAUUGUGAGCAAACCGAUAUGAGCAAGAAUAGUGAGGCACGAGAACCUGCAGCAGUGGCUCGCGCAAUGUUGCGCAAAAUCCUUCAUGUGAUGCGUCCCGGGUUACUCCUUCCUCAGGGCCAUCCAUCAAGGAUAGGGCACAAUGAAAGAUACCAAAUGAGGGAGGGUAAUGCGCUCCCAAAAUCCUCCAGCCGGCAUGAAGGCCAGCUGGAAGCUGGCCGUUGUAUAGUUUUCAACUACUACUAAGGUGGUCUUGGACGAAUCCUUAAUGACACAUCUAACACCCUUGCGCAAGAAUGGAGGGUCCAUGAGUGUUCUGAAAUUGCAGGGGUGGCGCUCGACAAAUAACAAAGCCCCUGUCAUUGUUUAUGGCGUUUGUUUCUUCAAAUAGGUUG